AUGUCUGGUGGUUUUAUUGUCAAACGAGAGGACGACGAUGUCAAUCGAACAAUUCGCAAACCGGCAAGCCGCGUGUCCCGACGCACCUUGACCUCAGCAGUAACUAAGUCUCGCAACGAUGUUUUCCAUCCACUUCCCGAUUCAGAUCUUGACUCACAAUCCUCUACCUUUGACACUCGGGCUUGGGUGAAAGCGCUCGUGCGAUACGAGAGUGAGCAUCUCGAGUCAGGACGGCGCCGGAAGUCCGGCGCCUCCUUCCGUAAUCUCGAUCUAUACGGCUUCGGCAUGCCUACUGACUAUCAAAAGAGUGUUGGAAACAGCAUCCUUUUAUUGCUGACACAGUGGUGUAAAAAGUGGAUUGAUAUCCUCCAUGACUUAAAGGGCCUAGUCAAUGCCAGCGAGAUGCUGUUGGUGCCUGGGCCUCCGGGCUCGGGACUGGGGCGCUCCGUUACCAUUGUGGGCGUCCUUUACCAAAGGAGAACCAUACGGCGCCCGGACUUUGCCCCAAGUGAAAGGAGACUUAGCAACAGGGUCGACGUGACCGUACAGGACAUCCGCGAUGGAGAUACCAAACCCCUGGCCUGGAAAACCGCCCCAGAGAAUACUGGUGACAUUGGGGUGAUCAUACCAUUAACUGAUCAAGACCGGUCCAACAAAGUGGAUGAUGGCAACGCUAUUGUUCGAGUUAUUAGCUGCGGUUUUGGCCACAUUAUCACCGUUUUCCCACAGAGUGAUGUUGUUGCGAUCGCCCUCAUUUCCAUCUACACUAAGAGAGCCUUCUCCUGCGUCGGCAUUCGCGAAGACGAAAGAUAUGCUGGCUGGACGGGCAGCCGUAGCAAUCUUGUCGAGACCCCAACUGUCAGCCACGGCGAAAGGACUGCCCCGGCCCUGAAGGACUUCAUUCUGAAUCGCCUGCUCCGUAGUCACGAGGUAUGGAAAGUUCGCAGUACCACUACCUUAGCCCAUGGCAAGGGUGCCGUCAUCGCACCCAUGGUCAUCACAGCCGGUAGCACCCCAUGCGUUGGAGCCCGCAUCGUCUCCCAAAAGAGCGACUAA